CACUUCUCAUCUUUUAUUCACCGAUCAAACUCACCCAAAAAAAAAAAAAAACAAAACGAAAUUUCGAGAGGCUGCAAACAAUGGGUGACGACCGAGCUCUUGUCCGCCGUGAGCCCGAACCCGAACCCCUCUUGGUUGCCCACGAGCCGCCACUGGCCGCCUCCUUCAACGACCGCAUCCGCCCCCUGCUCGACGCGGUCGACAAGCUCCGAAAACUGAUGGUCAUGAAGGAGGGCAUCCCGCUCCCCACCAUCGUCGUCGUCGGCGACCAGUCCUCCGGCAAGUCAAGCGUCCUCGAGUCCCUCGCCGGCAUCAGCCUGCCACGCGGGCAGGGCAUCUGCACGCGCGUCCCCCUUAUAAUGCGGCUCCAACACCGGCGUCCCACCGACAGCCCUGAGCUCCACCUCGAGUUCAAUGGCAAGAUCGUGAACGUCGACAACGAGGACCACAUCUGCGAUGCCAUUGUCUCCGCGACCGACGAGAUCGCCGGCUCUGACAAGGGCAUAUCGAAUGCCCCACUGACUCUAGUCGUCAAGAAAGAUGGCGUCCCGGACUUGACCAUGGUCGACCUGCCCGGAAUCACUAGAGUGCCCGUGCACGGCCAGCCCGAGAACAUCUACGAGCAGAUAUCGGAGAUGAUCAUGGAGCACAUAAGGCCUGAGGAGAGCAUAAUCCUCAAUGUCGUGUCCGCAACCGUCGACUUCUCCACUUGCGAGUCCAUAAGGAUGUCGCAAAUGGUGGACAAGACCGGCAAGAGGACUCUGGCCGUUGUGACAAAGGCCGAUAAAGCUCCGGAGGGCUUGCUGGAGAAGGUGACGGCCGAUGAUGUCAAUAUAGGGCUUGGUUAUGUGUGUGUGAGGAACAGGAUUGGUGACGAGUCCUACGAAGAAGCGAGGCUCGAAGAGGCGAAGCUGUUCGACAUGCACCCUCAGCUGUGCAAAAUUGACAAGUCCAUCGUUGGUGUGCCUGUCUUGGCACAAAAGCUGAUGCAGAUUCAAGCCACCAUUAUGGCCAAGUGUUUGCCCGGUAUCGUCAAGAAGAUCAAUGACAAGCUGAACGCGAAUGUCGCCGAGCUUAAUAGGAUGCCCAAGAAUCUGUCCUCGGUCGCAGAGGCCGUGACUGCCUUCAUGCAGAUCAUGGGGUCGGCGAAGGAGUCGCUGAGGAAAGUCCUACUGAGAGGUGAGUUUGAUGAAUACCCGGACGAGAAGAAGAUGCACUGCACGGCCAGGCUGGUGGAGAUGCUGAACCAAUACUACGAUGAGCUCCAAAACUGCCCCGAGAAUGACCUGCGGACUAACUUCUUGUUGGAGGAACUGGAGGUCUUGGAAGAGGCUAAAGGGAUCGGACUCCCAAACUUCCUCGCUCGCACCGCCUUUCACACCCUUUUGCAGCGGAAGGUGAAGGCUGUAUCGAGCAUGCCACCGAGUUUCGGGGUUCGUGCUUGGGACUACAUUGAGGAGGUUGUAAUUCGGGAGUUGAUGCGGCACUCGGAGAAUUAUCCUCAGCUGCAGUCAUGGAUGAGAAGAGCAGCGUCCAAUCUGAUCCACAAGAUGAGGGAGAAGACGACGGAUAGGAUGAUGGAGAUUGUUGAGAUGGAGAAGCUCACAGGUUAUACUUGCAGCCCCGAGUACCUGUCAGAGUGGAACAAGUUGAUGACCCAGCAGUACCAGUUUAUGCAGGUGAUCAACGAAGAUUAUAGGUCCACCAACAUGGUCCUCGAGGGGAUCGGACCGGUCGACGUGCACCAUCUGAGGAAUCACAAGCAGCUGGUUCAGCAGGCGUUCGAUCUGAAGAUGAGGAUGGCCGCGUACUGGAAGAUUGUGCUGAGGAGGUUCGUGGACUCGAUGGCACUGCAUCUGCCGUUCAGCGUUCACAACUUGGUGAACGAGGAGAUGGAGAAGGAGAUGGUGGGCGAGCUGAUCAGGCCCAAUGGCAGCGGCAGCAUUGAGAGGAUGCUGGAGGAAGCGCCGUCGGUGGCGGUGAAGCGCGAGAAGCUGAACAGGAGCAUUAAUCUGUUGAGGGAGUCUGCGAAGGUGGUCGCCAAUAUCAUGGAUCGGAUUGCUGCAGAUGGUGACUACAGUGAUUAGUUAGAGGUGUUGUUCUAGUGGGCUUUUUCAGUUUUCUUCUUGCGUGUGUUUUUCUACUGGAACUUAAUUAAGGUGUUUUUCGUUUGAGUGUGUUAA